AUGCUCUUCAAGUUUAUGGCGAUUGCAUGUCUCUUUACCAUAGCUACAGCUGGUGAUUAUGAAUACAAUCGACCAAACCCAACUGCAACACCAGCAAGGACAACAAGUAAUAAUAAUAAUAAUAAUGCCAGAGCAAGUAACAUCCCCUACGUCAACUCCAUUGACAACAACUUCAACGAUAGGACUAUAAAUAAUGCCCAGUCCGUACCGUAUGCAUUCGAUUCACAUCCAAGACAAUUUCAAGUGCCAGCUAAUACACAAACAUCCGCAGCACCUACGCCUAGUUCAGUUUAUUACCCACCUGCACCCGCUAAAUACGAAUAUAGUUACAGUGUGAAUGAUGAGAGUACCGGCGAUAUUAAAUCUCACAAAGAAACACGUGACGGAUAUCUUGUACGUGGGGUGUACAGUCUUAUUGAUCCUGAUGGCUUCAAACGUACCGUCACCUAUACAGCUGAUGAUGUACAUGGCUUUAAUGCAGUCGUUAAUCGCGAGCCUUCAAAUGUGAGAAUACCAACACCACCUCUAUUAAAAUUUCAAGCACCUGCACCAUUUUCACCAGCACCAUUCUCACCACAGCCGCGUGUAGCACAACAACAACAACAAAUACAAACAGAAAAGCAAAAACAGUCUAUUUCACCACAAAGUAAUACGCCGGUACGUGAACCAACACGUAUAGAACUAACCAUAGAACCAAGUGAUAGCUAUUCAGUGCCGUCGCAGCAAGACUCGGAGGGCGGUUCAUAUGCCUAA